AUGGUGAAGGUUCAAUCAAAAUACUGCUUGGUUGGUAUAACCAUUAAACUUGUGAACUUCCCAUGGAAGAUGUGGUUGAGGGUUGGUGUUGGGGUUAGGGUUAGGGGUACAUUGACAUUAAUGGGUUCAAUUGAACCACAUCCACAUGAGGGGUAUAUUGAUCAAUUUUCAAGAUCUUUACAUGUGGAGUACAAAUCUCUUGGUAUAGAUGUUCAGUGUCAGGUACCAUUAUAUGUAUCUACAAACAUGGCAUCACAAGUUGCAUUCGUUGAAAAAUCAUCUUUAUUCAUACCAACAGCUGACCAAUAUGUGAAAGCUGCAAUAAGACAAAUAGGAUAUGAAUCUCGUUGUACACCAUAUUGGGCUCACUCGGUUCAAUGGUUCUUCGCUUUGUUGGCCCCUGAUUCUCUUCUGGACGCGUGGCGCCUAUCAAUUGGCAUUAAACGUAGGGGGCAUAUUGCAUAA